AACCCAGGGGAGACUUUGUCCUUUUGGAAUAGGGCAAAGAGUGGAAUCCAGCCAGGGCUGGAGUGCUGUGGAGAGAAAGAACAGGACAGAGGAUACAAGAGUCUGGAGGAGAUUGUUAAAACCAGCUUCCAAGUGGGCUCCUGAUUCAUGGUGAACCCAUCCCUCAGCUCCGAGGGGGAGUCUGUUAAAUCAUGAAACUAAUUGCCAUCCUUUUCCUCUGCUCCAGGCUGCUAGCAAGUUUAACCCAAGAAUCGCUCGCUAAGGAAGUUGACUGCAAUGAUGAAGAAUUAUUUAAGGCUGUGGAUGUGGCUCUGAAGAAAUACAACGGUCAAAAUGAAAGUGGCAACCAGUUUGUACUGUACCGCAUAACCGGGGGCACGAAGGUGGUUAAUCCCGACAUAUUUUAUACCAUUAAGUACCAAAUCAAGGAGGGUGACUGUCCUGUGCAAAGUGGCAAAACCUGGCAGGACUGUGACUACAAGAACGCUACAGAAGCUGCUACAGGAGAAUGCACAGCGACCGUGGGGGUGAGGGGGAAUAAAAAGUUCUCCGUGGCUAGCCAGACCUGCAAGAUUACUCCAGCCGAGGGCCCUGUGGUGACAGCCCGGUAUGACUGCCUUGGCUGUGUACAUCCCAUAUCAACAGACAGCCCCGACCUGGAGCCCAUCCUGAGACACAGCAUUCAACAUUUCAAUAACAAGUCUAGUAAUUCCCACCUCUUUGUUCUUAGUGAAGUAAAACGGGCCCAAAGACAGGUGGUAGCUGGAUGGAACUUUGAAGUUACCUACUCAAUUGUGCAAACUAAUUGCUCCAAAGAGGAGUUUCUAUUCUUAACACCAGAUUGCAAGUCCCUUUUGAAUGGUGAGAUUGGCGAAUGUACAGAUAACGCCUACAUGGAUACUCAGCUACGAAUCGCUUCCUUCUCACAAGACUGUGAAAUUUAUCCAGCGGAAGAUUUUGUACAGCCACCUGUCAAGAUUUGUCCUGGCUGCCCUAGGGAUAUACCUGUCAACAGCCCAGACCUGGAGGAGCCACUGACUCAUUCCAUUGCAAAGCUUAAUGCAGAGAAUAACGGAACUUUCUAUUUUAAGAUUGACACAGUGACAAAAGCAACAGUGCAGGUGGUGGCCGGGAAGAAGUUUUUUCUUGAGUUCAUAGCCAGGGAAACCACGUGUUCCAAGGAGAGUGAUAAAGAGUCGGCCGGAAGUUGUGAGACCAAAACCGCUGGCCAAAGGCUACACUGCAGUGCUGACGUUUAUGUGAUACCUUGGGAGAAAAAAAUUUACCCUACUGUCAACUGUCAACCACUAGGAACGAUAUCAUUGAUGAAAAGGCCUCCAGGUUUCUCACCUUUCCGAUCAGUACAAGCAGAGGAAGUAAAAGAAGGAACAAGUGUAAGUCUACCCCACACUUCCAUGGUUCCUGUACAAGAUGAAGAACAGGAUCCAAGAAAAGAACAAGGAUCCACUAAAGGGCAUGGCUGGGACCAUGAAAAGCAAGUAAAACAUGAGCAUGGCCACGACCAUGACCAUAAACAUGAGCAUAACCAAGGCCAUGGUCAUCAAAGGGGACAUGGCCUUGGCCAUGGACAUAAAAAACAACAUGGUGUUGGCCAUGGACAUAAAAAACAACAUGGUGUUGGCCAUGGACAUCAAAAACAACAUGGCGUUGGCCAUGCACACCAACAGCAACAUGGUCUUGACCACAGACAUCAAAAACAACAUGGACUUGGCCAUGCACACCAACGGCAACAUGGCCUUGGGCAUGGACAUCAACUCGAACUUGAGUAUGAUCUUGAACACCAAAGAGGCCAUAGCCUUGACCAUAGACAUAAAUAUAAGCAUGGUCAUGGCCAUGGAAAACAUAAACAUAAAGGCAAAAACAAUGGAAAUUUUGAUUCAAAAACAGGGCACUUGGUAAGCUCUUCUGAAGAUAGUACUACACUCUCAGCACAGACACAAGAGAAGACAGAAGGGCCAACACCCAUCCCUUCCCUAGCCCCGCCAGAUGUAGUAGUUACCUUUUCUGAGUUUCAGGACUCAGAUCUCAUUGCAACUAUGAUCCCUAAUAUUUUACCAGCUCCCACAGAAAGUGAUGAUGAUUGGAUCCCUGACAUUCAGAUAAAACCAAAUAGCCUUUCAUUUACCCCAAUAUCAGAUUUUCCAGAAAUAACCUCCCCAAAAUGUCCUGGACGCCCCUGGAAGCCGGUUAAUGAAAUGAAUCCAAACACGGAAAUGAAAGAAUUCCCUGAUUUCAAUCUUUCUGAUGCUCUUUUUUAAUUUACACAGCCAUGGAUAGUUCUUUAACACUUCAUCAUUCCCUCCCCACUUUGUCCAGAAACAAAUCAUCCUGAUAUAAUACAGUUUAGAGGUCCCAAUCCUGAUAUAAUACAGGUCCCAAUCCUGAUAUAAUACAGGUCCCAAUCCUGAUAUAAUACAGGUCCCAAUCCUGAUAUAAUACAGCCAAACUCAUGAAGCUUCAGAAUAGCCUAGAGAAAAGUGGCGGGGCUCCCAAGGAAGACGCUGUCGAUUUCUAUGUAAUACAUAAAACUGUGUGGCAGAAUUCUAAAUCCUUUCUGAGUUUUCUAAACUAGCAGAAAAUGGACAAAGGACCCUAUGGCCUAAUGCAAUUUGCUUCUCCGAUAAUAAAUAGGUACCUUAGGAUGGAUGCCAUCCUUCAUACAAAGAUGCUUGACGUUCUAAAUAAACUGUGGUGCCCAUCCCUAAAUGCAUGUGAAAAUGGGGAAGUCAGGGGACUCACUCCUGAACUUAUUAAUUAGGUAAAAAAGUAAAUAAAAAGUUUUAGACAUCAAAGAGAGGUAAUAAGAGAUAAGACAAGUUGGCUAAAGGGAAGAAAGGGAAAAGCAAAUUACUUGACUUUCUGUUUCCAGAAUGGGCUGUUUCUAUCAGAUAGGUCCUCCCACUUGACAAAGCUAUUCUGAAAGUUCCCUUUCUGGGGGACAGUGCUCAUUCUGAAUCAAUAAUUUCUGUUUUACUCAUUAACCACUCUUUGCAACAAGGCUUUCAUACAGGAAUUAUCUGUUUAUUUUUUGCUAAGGCUAGGCUGUGUAAUCUUUAGUUGUUUUUUUUUUUUCUUAAUUUCAGAAUAUUACUGGGGUACAAACCUUUUGGUUACAUAAAUUGCUUUUGUAUGGUUUAGAAUAAAGAUUACUGCUUUUCAAGAAAAUAAUUUAGAAGCAGGCUUUCUAAAGAAGCUUUUUUUUUAGUGGAAAGGAAAUACUAUGAGAUGCGAUACAACCUUUGUUCAGAGAUUUUAUGAGGAAAUUCCUGUCUAGCCUCAUUUUAGGGUCAUAUCAUUAUUUUUCCAUAAUACUGAAGACCUCUGAAUUUUGCAAAAGAGAAUAAUGGAUUGUCUUUCACUGCCCUACAGUGCAAGGAAGAUAUAUAUUUCAUAACCUAUGCUGUAUUUUUUUGCCUAGAGAAACAAGAGAUGGCUUUAAACAGCCACACUUAUCUAUGGAUGCGCGUGUCACUGCCACUUCACUUUGUCGGAUGCAUUUGAGCCUCUGAGUUUUUAUUUCACUUUAAAUAUUAUCUGUGCUUUUAAAUAAAGAACCAGUGAUGUCAGGAAAAAGUUU